GUUUAGUUUGCUUACUGAGUACUAGUUAUGCUUACAUACCCAUCAGCCGCUCCCUUUCCUGUAAUGUUUAUGUUUCUGUUGGUUUAUGAACAAUCUAUGCUACUGUGUUUAUGUUUCUGUUGUAAAUGAUUCUUCCCAUGAAAGCUUCAAUCUUUUCUUCAAGGUAAGCCCUCUUUUCAUAUCUUCAGUUAGAAUGCUUACAAACCCUUGAUUUUUUUUAUUUAAAGAGCCCUAAUUUGUCAUUAUUUGACAAAAAAAAUGACACUUUUUAUCAGAAAUAAACAAUCUUUAAGAUCAUUCAUCAUAAACCCACUUCAAUUUAUAUCUAAUAAAUCUAAAGUUUCAAACUUUACACCAUUAAUUUCCCUUGAAUCCUAUGAAAAUGAUAAACCCCAAUUUAGGGUUUUAGGGAAUAAGCCCUAUUCAAGCCAAUCAUCAUCAUCAUCAUCAUCAUCAUCAUCAUCAUCAAGAUUUCCUGAAUAUGAAAUGCCAACUGUUACAUGGGGUGUAGUUCAAGGUAGAAAAGAGAAACUUGUAUCUAGAGUUAUUAUAUGUGAUUAUUUAAAAAGUAUAGGUAUAAUUCCUGAUGAGUUAGAGGAGUUGGAAUUACCGUCUACAGUCGAGGUUAUGCGUGAGCGUGUUGAGUUUUUGCAAAAGAUAGGGUUAAGUAUCGAUGAUAUUAAUGAGUAUCCGUUAAUGCUUGGUUGUAGUGUUAGGAAGAAUAUUAUCCCGGUUUUGGGGUAUUUGGAGAAAGUUGGGAUUCAACGGUCGAAAAUGGGCGAGUUUGUGAAAAAGUAUCCGCAAGUGUUGCAUGCUAGUGUGGUUGUGGAGCUUGUUCCGGUUGUUAGGUUUCUUAGGGGGUUGGAUGUUGAAAGACAAGAUAUUGGGUAUGUUUUGAUGAAAUAUCCGGACUUGUUAGGGUUUAAGUUAGAAGGGACCAUGAGUACUUCAGUAGCGUAUUUGGUGAGUAUUGGUGUUAAUCCUAGAGAUAUUGGUCCCAUGGUGACACAGUAUCCAUACUUUUUGGGAAUGAGAGUUGGGACUAUGAUUAAGCCGUUGGUUGAGUAUUUGGUCUCUUUAGGAUUACCAAAGAAAGUUUUGGCAAGGAUGUUUGAGAAACGGGCGUAUCUAAUUGGGUAUGAUGUUGAAGAAAUAGUUAAACCGAAUGUUGAAUGUUUGAUUAGCUUUGGGGUGCGAAAGGAAACACUUGCUUCUGUUAUUGCUCAAUACCCACAAAUUCUUGGCCUUCCCUUGAAAGCCAAGCUGUCAACACAACAAUAUUUUUUCAAAUUGAGGCUUAAAAUUGACCCAGAAGGUUUCGCUCGUCUAAUUGAGAAAAUGCCUCAAGUAGUUACUCUUGGCCAAAAUGUGAUAAUGAAGCCCGUUGAAUUUCUUCUUGGACGUGGAUUUUCAAGUGAAGAUGUGACUAAGAUGAUUGUGAAAUGCCCACAAUUAGUUGCUUUACAAGUUGGUUUGAUGAAAAAUAGCUUUUAUUAUUUCAAGAGUGAAAUGGGAAGGCCAUUGAAAGAAUUAGUCGAGUUUCCUGAAUACUUCACAUAUGGUCUAGAGUCAAGAAUCAAACCAAGGUAUCAAAGAUUGCAGCAUAAGGGCAUCAGGAGUUCAUUGUCUUGGUUUCUUAAUUGCAGCGAUCAAAGAUUUGAAGAAAGAUUAUAUGCUGAUUAUAUUGAGACCGAGAAUGAAGGACCUCAUUUUGUUAUGGGUGGGAAGCUGGAGUUACCUGGUAAUCAAUUGGUAUCUGAUGAAGAAGAGGAGAGCGACGAUGAGAUACUUUAUAGACGUACCGUUUCUCUUUAGUUUUUGUACCGUACCAUACAAAUGUUUUACAAUCUUAGUUAUUUUUAUAUUAAAGUCAUCAAUUCUGACAUCUAAAUCUUCCUUGUUUAUCUGAUUUGCUUUAAAUAUGGAUUACAUCAUAUAAUUGCAGGUCUUGUUAUAUCUUGAAUAAGUUUUUCGAUUUUGUAUAUAGUAAAGUUCUUUUA